AUGGCGACGCCGUUCCAAGUCGAGGCUUGGACCGAGUAUGCCAUCGGCUUGCUCGUGCUCCUGAUACGCAUAGUCUAUCGGACGAGACUCGUUGGGACCAAUUGGGAAGGAGAUGAUUAUUUCGCGGCCAUCGCGGUGUUGUUCUGGACGGGCGAGUUGUUGAUGCUUGAGAUGAUCGGUCGAUAUGGUAGCAUCACCGGAAUGAGCGAUGCGAUUGCCCUGACGCUUUCGGACCAACAAAAACAGUCAAUCGUCAUUGGUAGCAAAUGCCUUCUGGCAGGAUGGGUUCUCUACGUUACCCUGAUCUGGUGCUUGAAAGCGUGCAUGCUUUUUCUCUACAUGAGGCUCACACUUAACUUGCAGCAGCAAAAGAUGGUGAAGAUAACUGCCGGAGCGUGUGUUCUAUGCUACGUCGCCACAGUCCUUGUCAUCAUGACAAAGUGCAUGCCAGUACACAGGAACUGGCAGAUUUAUCCAUACCCUGGCGAUGCCUGUGCGCUGAACAUUCCUAACUACAUUGCACUGGCAAUUACCAACGUCACAACCGACAUGAUGAUUCUUUACAUCCCAAUACCAUUGCUAUGGUCUGUUCAGAUGCCAACGGCCAAGAAAAUUAUUUGUUCUUUGUGGCUCUGCACAGGCGUCUUCAUCAUCAUUGCCACGCUUCUCAGGUGCAUCCUCUGCCUGCAGGAUGCAAAGUCGAUCAACCUAGGCACCAUUUGGUCCAUCAGAGAAACAUUCGUCGCAAUCCUAGCCGUCAACGCCCCGGUCCUGGGUCCCUGGAUCGCCAAAAACGCUUCGGCCGUGCGAUCCCGCACGUCAAAGAACCGCUCCAAGACGGGCGGCCAGGAGUCGGCUAACCACAUUGUCACGAUUGGCGCGAAGAGCAGCAGUCAUCGUCUCGAUAAACUGACCAAGGAUGGUCGCUCGGCGAAUAUGGGGUGGACCGAGAUUGAUAACGACAGCGAGGAGCGCAUCAUGAAGAGCCUACACGACGUAUCGGUUUCGGCUAAGCGUUCGGACGAGGAGAUUCGCAGUAAUACGGGCAACAUCCAUGUCAAGACUACGUUUGAGAUCUCGAGGAUGGCGUAG